GCGGCCCGGGCCGGACAGCGCAGGGCCAUGGCCGAGGCGGCCCCGGCUCCGACUUCUGAAUGGGACUCCGAAUGCCUUACAUCCCUGCAGCCCCUUCCUCUUCCCACACCCCCAGCAGCAAACGAGGCACACCUGCAGACGGCAGCCAUCUCCCUGUGGACAGUGGUGGCAGCCGUGCAGGCGAUAGAGAGAAAGGUGGACGUGCACAGCCGGCGGCUCCUGCACCUGGAAGGACGGACGGGGACAGCAGAGAAGAAGCUGGCCAGCUGCGAAAAGACAGUGGCUGAUCUUGGGAACCAGCUGGAUGGCAAGUGGGCCGUGCUGGGCACCCUGCUGCAGGAGUACGGGCUGCUGCAGAGGCGGCUGGAGAACUUGGAGAACCUGCUGAGGAACAGGAACUUCUGGAUCCUGCGGCUGCCCCCGGGUAUUAAAGGAGAUAUCCCAAAGGUGCCUGUGACAUUUGAUGAUAUCUCCAUCUACUUUUCCACUCCAGAGUGGGAAAAGUUAGAAGAAUGGCAAAAGGAACUUUACAAGAAUAUCAUGAAGGGCAACUACGAGUCUCUCAUCUCCAUGGGUGAGGCUGAGUUGGUACCUUAUUAUGCCAUGAGUCAACCUGAUGUCUUAUCUCAGAUUCAGCCAGAAGGAGAACAUAAUACGGAGGACCAGGCGGGGCCAGAGGAAAGUGAGAUUCCCACCGACCCCAGUGAAGAGCCUGGCAUUUCAACAUCAGAUAUUCUGUCUUGGAUUAAACAAGAGGAAGAGCCCCAGGUGGGGGCCCCACAGGAGUCCAAGCAGAAUGACAUGUACAAGGGUACCUAUGCUGAUGAACAGCUUGUCAUCAAAGCUGAAGGCCUUGCCAGAGCCUCCUUGUGCCCCGAGGUUCCCGUUACCUUCUCUUCUCCACCAGCAGCAGCAGCAAAGGAUACUUUUUCAGAUGUGGCUUUCAAAAGCCAGCAGCCUGCAUCCAUGACACCUUUUGGACAUCCGGCCACUGACCUGGCAGAAGCGUCUGAGGGACAAGUGACUUUCACUCAGCUGGGUAGCUACCCCCUGCCACCUCCAGCUGGGGAGCAGAUGUUCUCAUGCCACCACUGUGGCAAGAGCCUCAGCCAAGACAUGCUGCUGACCCACCAGUGUAGCCACACUGCUGAGCAUCCCUUAUCCUGUGCCCAGUGCCCCAAGCACUUUGCUCAGCCAGCCGAGCUCGGCAGUAACUCCCAGGCCCACGCCAGUGAGGCACCCCCCACUUGCCCACACUGCGCCAGGACUUUCACUCACCCGUCAAGACUCACCUAUCACCUCCGGGUCCAUAACAGCACCGAGCGCCCUUUCCCUUGUCCUGAUUGCCCCAAGCGCUUUGCGGACCAGGCCCGCCUCACCAGCCACCGGCGAGCUCAUGCCAGCGAGAGGCCCUUCCGCUGCUCGCAGUGUGGCCGGAGCUUUAGCCUGAAAAUCAGCCUCCUGCUCCACCAGCGCGGGCAUGCACAGGAGCGGCCUUUCUCCUGUCCCCAGUGUGGCAUUGACUUCAAUGGCCACUCGGCGCUGAUCCGCCACCAGAUGAUCCACACGGGCGAGCGUCCUUACCCGUGCACCGACUGCAGUAAAAGCUUUAUGCGCAAGGAGCACCUGCUGAACCACCGGCGGCUGCACACGGGCGAGCGGCCCUUCAGCUGUGCGCACUGCGGCAAGAGCUUCAUCCGCAAACACCACCUCAUGAAGCACCAGCGCAUCCACACGGGCGAGCGGCCCUACCCCUGCGCCUACUGCGGCCGGAGCUUCCGCUACAAACAGACACUCAAGGACCACCUGCGUUCGGGCCACAGUGGAGGCUGUGGGGGUGAGACUGACACGUCUGGACAGCCGCCUGACCCCCCAGGCCCCCUCCUAAGUGGGCUCGAAACCUCUGGUCUAGGCGUUAACACUGAAAGUCUAGAGGCCAAUCAAUGGUAUGGGGAGGGCAGCGGAGGGGGAGUUUUGUGAACCUUCCUCUCAGUUAUCAGGGCUCACCCAGGGCAAGAGAAAAGCCAUGAGCCCCUCCACACCCGCAGUAAUCACUGUUGAUUGGCACAUUGAUGCGUUUGGGGUCCUGUGCGCUUGACUAGAGACAUGCUUGAGCUUGGGAGCGUCACAGCAUCACAAGAAUACCACAUUUUGAAACCCAGAAAGACCUGGGAAGGAGCCCAGCAUCCCCAUCUUUUCAAAAAUGUGACCUAAGCAGAAAUUGCAGAGAUAGGAAAGCAAGCUUUGGCCUCUGGUAAUUCGUCACAGGGUAACAGAUUGAGAGUGAUUGCAGCUUGGAGCCCAUCUGAGGCAGAGCGUGUUUCCCCGAGCCCUUCUCCGGCCCCUGAUGGUGAGACAGUUGUUAGACGAAGGCUCAAGCCUUGGUCCAUGUUCCUGCUGCCCUAGACACCAGCCAAAGUCCGCUCACGUGCUAAUGAACUGCCUCUCCCCAAAUUAUAGCUCAAUAUGGCUUCCCGAGGUUUCCUAGACGCAUUCUCUUAAGUACCCUUUGUUAAUCAUCAGGCGAGCAGGAAUCUGACUGCUGCUUAAGGAGAGCAGUGCUUCCCUUGCACCAGCGUGAUUGCAGCGUCCAGCUUCUCUGGCGUUUGAACGGCUGGAACUGCUGCUGAGGUCCUGGUUGAAAAGAGGGAGCGGUGUGCUCAGCCCCAGCUUUAAAAGCUAGAGAUCCCAGGGAAAUGACAAAGCCUAACAUUUGUGCCUGAACCACGUUUCCUAGAGUCAUUUACUUCCAAUUCUUCCUUAUUAUUGACACGAUGGCUUUUCCAUUUCUGGUGUCUGAUGUUCUUGACAGUCCUCAGCAGAAAAGAUCACAGCACUUUCCAGAAGCAUUCUGGUAUUUCAGUGCCAGUGGACGCCCAGCUUUCGUCUCCUCAGCAGUGAGGCUAGUGUGACAACGCAUCUUUCUCGAGCCAUCAGAGUGUGUUCGCCCAUCCGGUCAUUCCCGUGUUGGCAGUGGCCAGUGAGAGACUUCGCAGAUCACUGAGAGCCAAGCACAGACAGGGAUAGCCUCUUCCUUCUGCUUUUGCUUUUAGGGACCUUGGCUACAGUGUGUCCUUUUGUCAGGGUCAUUCAGUCACCUGGGAGCAUCUGAGCCUUGUUCUGCUCUUAAGUGGCCUUGCAGUUGGGCAUAAGUCCCUUUCCUUCCCUUUACAGAUCUCAGAUUUUCACCUGUGAGAUGAGGUGGGUGAAAGAGGAAACGUGAGCUAAGUCAAAUUUUUUUUAUAUCUUGUGAUACAUUCCUUCUCCUGCCAAAAUCCUAUCUCUGUCUCUGGCUUCUAUCCAGGCAAAGCCAAAUAAGCAGCAAAAUCAAAGCAGAGACAUUCCUGCUGAAACUUGACUGAAAUCUAUUUGAUUUGUUGUUUUCCUCCUGCUCGGAGCCUGGGGUGGAAGACAGAGAAUGCAGAAAUGCUGUUGAUACCCACACUCGCUUGUUUCCCCGGAAUCUUCCUGAGGUGCCUGGAAACAAGGUCUGCAAGUAGUCAGGACACUUUGUUGAUGAAAUGGUAGCGGAAGGACCCAUUUUUUUCCUUAUCACUUAGCCCAACCUUUACCCUGCCUGUGCAUAACCAUACUAGGAAAAAGCUUUAUUACCCCAGCCAGCUUUGCUCAUGGGGAGGUCCUGUCUGGACAUGCUGCUCUUCUGAGUAAUCGGCACAGUAUCCGCUCUGAUAGCCACAAUACCAGGAACCGCGGGAGACCUAAGCCGUGUCUGUGAGACCGUAUCUUCCAGUGUGAAGGUGCUGAAGAAGCCCCAGGGCGUAGAACACACUGAGUCAGAUGAGGAGAGAAUGCUGGCAUGUUGGGAGCUCUCCAGCUAGGAUCUGGACUCAUACUGUGAGAAAAUUGGAGGUUCUGGGAAUUCUGGUUUCAUGGGUGAACCACUAGGAACUUGAGUGUGAGCUCCAGCUCUGGUUUGCACCUUGAUCUCCCUAAAGAGAAGGGAGAAGAAUCAAGGUACCACCUUUAGAUGGUGCGUUCCCUUUUCCGAACAGAUUUAAGCAUUCACCACGGUGUGCUGGAGAAGGGAUUCUAGGUGUGAUCUUGGACUAUAUAACACGGAAAAUUCUUUUUUACUCAUUGAUUUACUGAGGACAUGGACCUUACUAAUGAAAGAGACCCAUGGGUUAAAAUGCUGCAGAUAGAUCCCACAGUCCCUUCUGCAAGGAACUGUAGUCAACAGGGUCCCAGACUUUGGCAAGAAGUGAACAUAGUUAAUAUAUCAAUGAAGCAAGAACCGUGAAGCUGAGUGAAAGGGGUGGGCAGGGCCAUGCCAGAAAGAUGGAAGUAGGUGUCCUAAACUUUGGCCCUGGUACAGACUAGGAGUUCAACUGUGGUGCAUUCUGGUCUCCUCCCCCUCCACAAGGUAGAACUCCAGGACAGCUCCAAAUUACAGAGUUUUUUUGCCUGAGAUUCAAAAAUGGGUAAGUAAAAUGGAUCAGUGGAAAAGAUUUAAGUCCAACAGAAAGGUUUUAGUUAUGGAGAAGCUUGGUCUAUUAGGAGUUCCUGAGGAACUGCAUUUAACUCAGCAGUUAAAGAUGUACCUGAGGAUUGGUUGUCAUGAGCAGAUGUGACAGAGAAGAGGAAAAGCCAGAAACGUGCUCCUCAGUCUGCCCUCCGGAUGAAGCGGUCUGUAUUGUCACACAGAUAGGCACCAUCUCGCUAGAGCGGAUCCAGGUGUUGACUGUAACCAGAUCCACUCUGCUUACUAGGUUUUUCAUUGUCACCAUAAGAUGACCCUCUGGUUCAGCCACAGGUGUGAAAAUAAAUGGAAAUUGUCUAGAAGAUGAAAGCCGAUGACUGGUCCUUUCU